CGACUAAUUGUUUAUGAGAAUCAGAGAGAGCGUAUGGCAUGUUUAAUGAUAUUGAAGAAAUAAAAGAACAAGAUGAAAAAGAGAAAUUAAUCAAGAUUUAUAAAUGAAAAUUUCAACCCCAUGAGUCGAAAAGUGAAAAUGCGGGAAAAAUUAAUUAGAGCAAGAGUCAAAUUUUCAUUUAAAAAAAAUGAUGAGAAGACUUACAACCGAGUCAAAGCACCGAGUCAGUUAGCAAAAACACGAAAGAUCACGGGACCAGGUGUAUUAAGGGUAAUUAAAUAUAUAAAGAGAAUUAGAAGAAACUCAAGAUAAGUAGGAUCAAAGUUGAUUUGUUCAUAAUUUUGUUCAUAAAAUGAUCA